UGUAAGCCAGAUCAUAGUUUUCCUUUGAUUUCCAUUCAUUAAUUCUUGAAAAUAGUUGAGAAAAAAUGCUACCUCCCCCACUGCAAUGCAUUAUACUGCUCUUCCUUCUGAAAUGGAUCCAUGGUGUAAAGUUCACUCUGUUGCAUACCAACGACAUGCACUCGUGGUUCGAUCCGAUUUCCGCUAAAGGAGGAAAAUGCCUUCCCGGUGAUGAUGAACAAGGUCUGUGUUUUGGAGGAUUUGGUCGAGUGGCCACCGCUGUACAGAAAGCCAGGAGUUCAGGACCAACCAUAUACUUGAAUGCUGGGGACUCUUUCCAGGGAACUCCCUGGUUUUCAGUCUACAGAGGAAAAAUGGUGGCUGAGCUCUUAAAUAUGCUGGCACCAGAUGCCAUGGCUCUUGGAGUUCAUGAGUUCGAUGAUGGCGUUGAUAAGCUGGUCGAAUUCCUGCAAACUGUGAACUUUCCAGUGGUCAGUGGUACUUUAAACCUGACCAAUGAGCCCACCUUGGAAGCUUGCGAAAACUUGAUGGAUUAUAAAAUAUUGAAGUUGAAUAAAACGCGAAUUGGAAUUGUCGGAUAUAUUAGAUCAGAUACCAAACAACGCACUCAGCCGAAUAAUGUGAUCUACAAAAGGGAGGUUUCAUCCAUUAAUAAAAUAACCAAAAGACUAAUCCAGAAUGAGGUGAAUAUUAUAAUUGCCCUGGGUCACUCGGGCUAUCAAACGGAUAUGGACAUAGCCCUGCGUUGUCCCGAUGUGGACAUCGUAGUGGGCGGACAAUCGCACACUUUUUUGUAUACGGGAAAGGCCCCUCAUACAGACAUAGCCGAGGGUCCUUAUCCCACCAUAGUGAUCAAGCCCGAUGGCAGGAAAGUAUUGGUUUUGCAAGCUUAUGCUUAUACCAAGUAUCUGGGCAAGAUUCAUUUGGAAUUCGAUAGAGGAGGCAAUCUUCUUACCUUUAAAGGAAACCCAGUCCUUUUGGAUAGCACCUUCAAGGCCAGUCAGGAUAUCCAGGAUUAUCUCCAGAAAUACCGUCAGGUCAUUAGCGACAUGGAGGACCAUGUGGUGGGCACUACCACGGUGUUCCUGAAUGGCGACCGGAAGAGCUGUGGCCUGGGAGAGUGUAACUUUGGGAAUUUCAUAGCCGAUAGCUUUGUUUAUGCCAGGGUCUUGGAGACGAUGAGAGAUCGGAGCUCCUGGACAGAUGCCUCCAUUGGAAUAGUCAAUGCGGGAGCCAUUCGCGCCUCCAUCGAGCCAGGAGAAACGGGUGCCAUUACAGAGGCCGAUGUGGUAAUGGUUCUACCUUUUAGCCAGCAUCUGUUCUACACCAAAAUCAGCGGCACUCAGUUGAUGAGGGCUCUGGAGCACUCCGCCUAUUUGCGCUCCACAGACAACACCGGGGGCUUCCUUCAGGUGUCCGGCCUCCGGCUGAAGUACAACUACAGCCAUCCCAAGGGACAGAGAAUAACGGAGAUUAAGGCCCUGUGUUCCUCCUGUCAGAUUCCUCACUACGAGAACGUCAUCACCGAAGACUAUUAUGGCAUAGUCCUAACCUCGUUUUUGGUCCACGGAGGCGAUGGCUAUAACUUCAUUGAUACCCACAACCCGACCGUUCAGAACCUAAGCAUUCUGGACCGGAAUGCUGUAAUCCGGUAUCUGCAGGAGCACAAGGUCAUCUAUCCGGAACGAGAGGAACGCAUCAUGAUGCAGGAGAGAAUGUAUCGCAGUUCCUCUGGCCGCAGGGGUCUAGUUGCAGCCGUUUUAUUUGCCACAUUUCUCUACUUGGCCAGUAAAUGAUGACUCCCAGUUUCAAAAAAAAAAAAAAAUUAAAGACAGAAAAAUAAGAAAAGA